AUUUCCGCCAAAACCAUAAGGACUCAUGUGGCCUAUUUCUCUGCAGUACUUCUAGAAGGCCAUUUUCUUUCCAUAUAAAUAUACAAGCCUUUCAGAACGACUUCCAAAUUCCAAUAUUCAAGAAUACAUUUUCCGACCAGAAAAGAAAGACAGAGAAGGAAAAAAAAAAAAAGAAAAACACAUCUGGGUUCUCUUCUUUUGUGAUUGCAACUUAUAUAACUCAACAUUGAAUAGAUUAGCUAUACACAAACUUGAAAGCAUUGAAAGUCGUUGAAGGAAAACGUUUUUCUGGGUUUUUCGAAAUGGAUCGCGGCGAAAUCUUUAAGGCCGGCAGUUUCAGAAGCCAAAGUUCUACAUUAUGGAGGAACAAUACUACUGAGAUUUUCUCAAAGUCUUCACGGGAUGAGGACGAUGAAGAAGCUCUGAAAUGGGCUGCGUUGGAAAAGCUUCCAACUUAUGCUCGUUUAAGGAAAGGCAUACUCACGACAUCUCAGGGCCGUCCGAGUGAAAUCGAUGUCGACAACCUCGGACUUAAGGAGAGGAGGGACUUGAUUGAGAGGUUGGUCAAAACAGCUGAGGAGGACAACGAGAAAUUCUUGUUGAAGCUCAGAAAUCGUAUUGAAAGAGUCGGAGUUGAGCUUCCGACGAUCGAAGUGCGAUAUGAGCAUCUUAAAAUAGAGGCAGAUGCUUAUGUAGGAAGCAGAGCUUUGCCUUCCUUUGUUAACUUCCUAAAUAGCAUAGUCGAGAUUUUCUUCGGCUUUCUGCCAAUUUUCAAAAGUAAAAAGCGACAACUGACCAUCCUCGAUGAUGUUAAUGGAAUCAUAAAGCCCGGAAGAUUGACACUGCUUUUGGGUCCUCCGAGUUCCGGCAAGACCACACUCUUGUUGGCUUUGGCUGGAAAGCUCGACUCAGAGUUGAGGUUUUCUGGGAGAGUGACUUACAAUGGGCAUGGCAUGAACGAGUUUGUGCCGAGGAGAACUGCUGCCUACAUCAGUCAAUAUGAUGUUCAUAUUGGAGAAAUGACUGUGAGGGAAACUUUGGCUUUCUCUGCCAGAUGCCAAGGAGUCGGGUCGCGUUAUGACAUGCUUGCAGAAUUGUCUAGAAGAGAGAAAGAAGCUAAUAUCAAACCCGAUCCAGAUAUCGAUGUCUACAUGAAGGCUGUCGCAACAGAAGGCCAAGAGACAAAUGUGGUGACAGAUUAUGUCUUGAAGAUUUUGGGACUGGAUAUUUGUGCGGACACUGUGGUGGGAGAUGAAAUGUUGAGGGGUAUCUCUGGAGGACAAAGAAAGCGUGUCACAACUGGUGAGAUGCUUGUCGGCCCAGCUGGAGUGUUGUUAAUGGAUGAAAUUUCAACUGGUUUGGACAGUUCCACAACUUACCAAAUCGUUAACUGCCUCAAGCAAUAUGUCCAUAUCUUUAGGGGAACCAAUGUCAUCUCCUUACUUCAGCCAGCACCAGAGACUUACGACCUUUUCGACGAUAUCAUUCUUCUAUCCGAUGGCCAAAUAGUAUAUCAAGGUCCCCGUGAAUACGUGCUUGAUUUUUUCGAAUCUAUGGGUUUUAAAUGUCCUGAGAGGAAAGGUGUAGCUGACUUUCUUCAAGAAGUCACAUCAAAGAAAGAUCAGGCCCAAUAUUGGGCACGAAAAGAGGAACCUUACAGGUUUAUCACUGUCAAAGAAUUUGCUGAGGCAUUCCAAUCGUUUCACGUGGGACAGAAACUAGGAGAUGAGCUUUCGACCGGAUUCGACAAGAGCAAGAGUCACCCGGCUGCUUUGACGACCAAAGAAUAUGGUGUGAAAACGAAGGAGCUCAUCAAAGCUUCAUUUUCAAGAGAAUGGUUGCUUAUGAACAGAAACUCCUUUGUCUACAUGUUCAAGAUUGUCCAACUUUGUAUAAUGGCCCUGGUUUCUGCCACACUUUUCCUAAGAACCGAAAUGCAUCGUAGAAACAUUGAUGAUGGUAAUAUUUACGUCGGCUCUUUGUUCUUUACUGUGAUCAUGAUCAUGUUCAAUGGAAUGUCGGAGCUCUCUAUGACGAUUGCCAAGCUUCCCGUGUUCUACAAGCAAAGGGACCUACACUUUUACCCUGCUUGGGCUUAUGGUCUUCCAUCAUGGAUUCUCAAGAUCCCUAUCUCAGUCCUAGAAGUCGUAGUUUGGGUGGCCAUUACAUACUAUACUACAGGAUUGGACCCAAGUGUUGCAAGGUUGUUCAAACAAUUGCUUGUGCUCUUUUUUAUUAACCAAAUGGCCUCCGGUUUGUUCCGGGCUAUAGCAGCUACUGCUAGAAACAAUAUUAUAGCCAACACGUUCGGAUCAUUUGUGCUGCUCUUGCUCUUUACAUUGGGUGGUUUUGUUCUGUCUAGAGAGGAUAUCAAGGAUUGGUGGAUUUGGGGUUACUGGUGUUCGCCUCUGAUGUACGGUCAGACUGCGGUUCUAGUCAAUGAGUUCCUCGGCAAGAAAUGGAGACAUCGUGUAGCAGGCUCAACAGAGCCUCUAGGAAUUGAAGUUUUGAAAGGCCGAGGAUUCUUUUAUGAGUCGAAAUGGUAUUGGAUUGGCACGGGGGCGUUGAUUGGGUUCAUCUUAGUUUUAAACCUCUUGUAUACUCUGGCUCUCACUUGGCUCAACGCAUUUGAUAAGGUGCGAGCUGUAGCUAAAACUGAAGAUCCUCAGAGCGAUGGAGCCGUUGAGUUGCAAGAUAGUUCAAGCCACCAAGGCCAGGCAGGUGAAAGUGAGAACAGGAAAAAGGGAAUGAUUCUUCCAUUUGAACCGCAUUCCAUUGUCUUCGAUAAUGUCGUAUACGCAGUGGACAUGCCACCGGAAAUGAGAAGUCAAGGAAUUGAGGAGGAUAGAUUGGUUCUUUUGAAGGGUGUGAGUGGUAGCUUCAGGCCUGGUGUUUUGACAGCACUUAUGGGAGUUAGUGGUGCUGGUAAAACCACUUUGAUGGAUGUUCUUGCUGGUAGGAAAACCGGCGGAUACAUUGAUGGAGACAUUAGAAUUUCUGGUUACCCUAAGAAUCAAGAAACAUUUGCACGAAUUUCUGGAUAUUGUGAGCAGAAUGACAUCCACUCCCCGCAUGUUACUGUUUAUGAGUCGUUGCUUUACUCUGCUUGGCUUCGUUUACCGGCUGAAGUUGAUUCUGAAACCAGAAAGAUGUUCAUUGAGGAAGUGAUGGAAUUGGUGGAACUUGCUCCAUUGAGGCAAGCGUUGGUGGGAUUGCCCGGAGUCAACGGUCUCUCAACCGAGCAGCGUAAAAGGUUGACUAUUGCAGUUGAGCUAGUGGCAAACCCUUCAAUUAUAUUCAUGGACGAGCCAACAUCAGGAUUAGAUGCUAGAGCUGCGGCCAUUGUCAUGAGAACGGUUAGGAACACGGUGGACACUGGGAGAACCGUUGUGUGCACCAUUCAUCAGCCUAGCAUUGACAUUUUUGAAGCUUUUGAUGAGCUAUUCCUUAUGAAGAGAGGAGGACAAGAAAUAUAUGUGGGUCCAUUAGGCCGCCAUUCUUGCCAUCUAAUAAACUAUUUUGAGUCAAUUGAAGGUGUCGCUAAAAUUAAAGACGGUUACAACCCUGCGACUUGGAUGUUGGAAGUCACUGGUCCUGCGCAAGAAAUGUCUUUGGGGGUUGAUUUUACAGAUCUGUACCAGAAUUCAGAUCUAUACAGGAGAAACAAAGAUCUUAUUAAGGAAUUGAGCACCCCGGCACCUGGUUCGAAGGACCUCUAUUUCCCUACUCAAUUCUCACGAUCAUUCCUCACCCAGUGCAUGGCUUGCUUCUGGAAACAACGCUGGUCUUACUGGCGGAACCCGCCUUACACCGCCGUGAGAUUUUUGUUCACUACAGGCAUAGCACUCAUGUUUGGCACUAUGUUCUGGGACAUGGGAUCUAAAACGUCGAAGCAACAAAAUCUGAGCAACGCAAUGGGGUCUAUGUAUGCCGCGGUCUUCUUCAUCGGAGUCCAAAAUGCUAUGUCUGUGCAACCAGUUGUUUCCGUAGAGAGAGCAGUCUUCUAUAGAGAAAAAGCAGCCGGCAUGUAUGCAGCUUUUCCGUACACAUUCGGACAGACGGCGGUUGAGCUUCCAUACCUUGUAUGUCAGGCCGUAGUUUAUUGCCUCAUAGUGUACGCGAUGAUAGGUUUCGAAUGGACUGUCGCAAAGUUCUUCUGGUACCUCUUCUUCACCUUCUUCGCCUUGAUGUACUUCACAUACUACGGCAUGAUGACUGUGGCCCUCACGCCGAACGUCAGCAUUGCUCAAAUUGUGUCUGCCGCCUUCUAUGGCUUAUGGAACCUCUUCUCCGGAUUCGUUAUUCCUCGCCCGAGGAUGCCGGGGUGGUGGGUGUGGUACUACUGGGCAUGUCCCGUCGCGUGGACUUUGUACGGACUUGUGGUGUCGCAGUACGGUGACAUCAGCACCCCCGUAGCUGAGACUGGCGAGUCGGUGAAGAAUUAUGUGGACCGUUAUUACGGAUUUGAUCACGAUUUCCUGGGAGUGGUUGCUGUCGUCUGCGUUGUGUUCGCUCUGGCUUUUGCCGUCAUCUUUGCCUUUGCUAUUAAGGUCUUAAACUUCCAAAGGCGAUAGAGACUUAUUUUACCUUUAAUGCUUGCUUAAUUUAACUUCUUCUGUAUAUUUACAACCAAAUUUUUGGUUAGUUUUCGACGUUUCAAGCUCCUGCAAUUGGAAGCAAUGUAUCGUGUAUUAUUUUAUUUUAUUUUAUUUUUUGAGAUUCUAUACGUAUGUUUAAACUUUUGCGAAUAAAGUGUGUAUUUCUCUUGUA